AUGGGUGUUACACUCGUCCUCUCGCGUAAGUACGGGUUGUUUGCAUUUGAUGUAAUUUUAGGCCUUCCCUUUCUUCUUCGAAUCAUCACUGGUCUUCCUCGAAUCCUUUUCCACCUUCUUGUGGGAGUAAUCAGAGCUUUCUUGCCUUGGAAGUACAUUCCCCACAAGGAUGUCAGUGGGCAAACUGUGUUGAUCACUGGUGCCGCCAGCGGUGUUGGCCGGUUAUUAGCUGUCAAGGUAAGACGUCUAUUUUUACUCAUAUAAAUUUCAGUUUGCCAGUCUUGGGUGCCGUCUGGUAUUGUGGGACUUGAAUGCCGAGGAAAAUAAGAAAACUGCACGUAUGUGUGUUCAAGAAGGAGUUGAGGCUUCGACUUAUACAAUCGACAUAACGGACAAGGAAAUGGUUGCGGAAACGGCUCAGAAAGUGCUCGAAAGAUACGGAUUCGUCGACAUUUUGAUCAACAAUGCUGGAAUUGUGACAGGAAAAAAGCUUUUGGAUUGCAGUAACGAAGUUUUCGAGAAGACUAUGAGUGUGAAUGCCAAUGCUUUGUUCUAUGUAAGUGUCAAUCGUGGAUCGCAUACUAGUCGCGCCAAAGUAUGUAGAAUUUUUUUCGCCGAUGUCGCGGGGUGCGCUCGCCGAAAAGUGCAUGUCGCUAGUGCAAAAACGGGAAGUCGCAGCGGCGCGGGGGGAAAAACGCACUGUGCACUUUUGCUUUUAACUUGCUUUAAACAAAGUUUAGAGAAAGCGUACGAAACUGUUUACUCCACGAUUUUACCAAAAAAGCCCGAAAUUUUCCAAGUCCGAGAAAGUCAAUUGAAAAUCAUUCCAAAAAUUUUCAAAGUUUUAGCGGUUUCGGCUCGAAAAUAAUUUUAUCAGGAAAAAAUUAUAUUUUUUCCUGAAAUUCAAUCGGUUGAAAAUGGCGAAUCUCAGCUCCAGAAAAACCUUCAUGAAAAUCGGCGGAGUCUCCGCGGAGAAAUCUAAAAAAAGAGGACGGAAGGUUUUAGUGGCCCACCCUGUAGAAUUUUUUCAAUUUUUACCUUUGAAUUUCAGGUUGCAGUUUUGCGUUAAUUUUAGGUAACAAAGCAAUUCCUCCCUGCAAUGAUCGAAAGGGGAAAAGGGCAUGUUGUUGUAGUUUCCUCCAUGGCUGGUCGUAUUGGAAUCAACGGGUUAGUGGAUUACAGCACUUCGAAGUUUGCUGCUUGUGGUUUUGCUGAAUCUCUUCAUGCAGAGCUGGCCACAUUGAACAAGAAUAUUAAAACCACUCUGAUUUGUCCUUAUUAUAUGAACACUGGAAUGUUCGAUGGUGUGAAGAGCUGUUUCCCUCUUUUAUUGCCUAUUCUAGAGCCAGAGUAUGUCAGAGAUCAGAUCGUUGAGGCCGUGCUGACUGAUACUCAUGUUGUUUACAUGCCUAAGUUCUGUUACGUCAGUCUCCUAAUGAAAGAGUGCGUUUUUUUUAUAAAUUUAUGUUCAACAUCACAUUGCCUUUGCUAAACCAUGCAUAGUAUGAUAUUCAGAUUAUUCUCGGUAGACACGGGCGACGCCAUCAUCGAGGAAUGCGGGGUUCACCUUCAGAUGGAAAACUUCAAGGGACGUCAAUAA